CAGGAUAAAAAAUGGUGAAGCUCGUGCCGGAAAUGGGCGGAUGACGUAUGAAUUCGGGGACGGGUGGUGACGUGUGAAUGUUGAGCCCACGCUCGGUGCCGGGUGUGACGGGCUGUGCUCACAUGGUCGGGCGGCGGGAUGGCGGUGUAUCACGAUGAGGUGGAGAUUGAGGAUUUCGAGUAUGACGAGGACACGGAGACUUAUUACUACCCGUGUCCGUGUGGAGACAGAUUUGCCAUCACCAAGGAAGAUCUGGAAAAUGGAGAAGAAGUUGCAACUUGUCCGAGCUGUUCACUAAUAGUGAAAGUUAUUUAUGACAAGGAUGAAUUUAUGAAAGGAGAGAUUGUCCCUGAACCCACAUCCAGCACAACAGAGCUCUUAAAGUGCUGACUACCAUCCAUAAAGAAUUACGGUCUAGUGACUAUAUGAACACUUCCUGCUGGAUGUCAGGCCACAACUUCUGUUGGACUUUUAUUCCGUUGCAAUUUUUAUUGAAACCAUGUGUUUCCUGUUUUUGUUUUAUUUCUUUUUAAACAAAACCUGAACUUUGAAGUCAUUUGAAGUACAGUAACAUGUGUGAAAUUGGAGCUGAUCAAUCUUUCUGAAUUGCUUUAAAGGGGGUACUCUGCUGCUCAGCAUUUGGAACAAACUGUUCCAAAUGCUGGCGCCGGGAGCUUGUGACGUCAUAGCCUUGCCCCCUCAUGGUGUCACGCCCCCUCCCAUAGACUUGCAUUGAGGGGGCGGGGCGUAAAGUCAUGAGGGGGGUGCUAUAACAUCACAAUCUCCUGAGUCCAGCGUUCAGAACAGUUUGUUCCAAAUGCUGAGCAGCAGAGUACCCCUUUAAUGCUGGAACACGGCAUGAGUUUGGUUAUACAUAAGAAAAUGCCUUAAGACUGGUAUGCAAUAGGAGGGUGUAUUGGGUGUUUCUGCUUGGUCUGGAAUUACACACAUACUGAAAAUCGUGAUGAUAUUAAAUGCAAACUAUUUAUUUUAAUAAAAUAUAUUUUUAACACUAA